CUUGCUUUAGUCUUAAUGGGACUGACAAAGUAAGAUUUCGGCAACUACAUGUACAAUAUUAGUAUCUUUGCUGUUAUCUGUUUACAUUGUGCAAGUGUGCGAAACUGUUUGCGAAUAGAAAAGUCGGUCAAUGCUGGUUAUUUAUAACUGACUGGUAAAAUUCAGGGACAAACGGAAAACACAGAUGCACUAACAGUUUUACAAAGUACAGUUCGGAUUUUUUGGAUUAUCUAACAUUCUUAUUAGUGUUGUUGACUAAAAAGCAAAAAGGAAUUACACCUAUUAUUAUACCUCAAACCAUGUAUGGUGUCAAUAUCGUCUGGUUAACUACCGUUGGCGCGCUUGUCACGUGGUACAUCUACACACCGCUUCCAGAAGACAUCGAUCAGAAGGUCAAGGUCACGCUUAUUGAUGCCUCCAUGCGUACGUACGGACAUUUGGUUGGUGCCAUGGGGUCCCUCGGACUCGUAGAGCCGUUUUCCGAGACUGACCGGAAAUGGGGUGACAUGCUGGUUCGCGCUAUGACCACUGGUGUACCCUGGGUUCAGGAAGCUGACCCCGCCCUCAAGAUAACGGACAUGUUCACAAGCAAGAGCCGGGUACCUGUGCGCAUGUAUGAACCUCUAACCACCAUUGAGGCCGGGGCCAGGCCUGUGCUCGUAUAUCUCCAUGGAGGAGGAUUUUCCCUGCUGUCAAUAGAUGCGUAUGAUUCCUUUACACGGAAAGUGGCCAGGGACUCUGGACUUGUCGUUGUAUCAGUCGAUUACCGUCUUAGCCCACAACACCCAUAUCCGGCCGCGACAGACGACUGCCUUGAAGUGGUUCAGUAUCUGCACGCGGAGGCAUCUCGUCUGCGUAUAGAUCCCCGGCGCAUCGCCAUUGGCGGAGACAGCGCCGGUGGGAACCUUGCUGCAAGCGUCUCAUUAAAAGCACGCGAGCUCAUUAAGGCUCAACUGUUACUAGUUCCGGCGCUGCAGCUUUUUACGUUCAAUACAACGUCCGUCAUUGAAAAUAAGCCUUACUUCGCGAAGACGUUCAAUGGCUUGUUUCAGGUGAUUUUCUGGGCGAAUUACCUCGGACUCGGCGCGGAAUAUGCCCCGGAUAUAAUCGCCAAUAACCACACCUCACCGGAACUAAAAAGGUCUAAAUUUGCGAAUUACGUUGAUCAAACUGUUUGGAUGAAAUCAUACGAUAACCGCGGGUCGCAAAAGAAAGAUCUAUCACAGAAGUUGAAUUUCGGAAGAUCGGAUAUCACUCGAGAAUUUAUAGACAAAAUGACCGACCCAUACGUGUCGCCCCUUAUGGCGGAUCCGGAAAUGCUGGUAGGUUUACCGCGCGCGUACAUAAUGACCGCCGGAUAUGACAUCAUUAGAGAUGAUGGAAUCAUGUACGCCACCCGGUUACGACAAGCGGGCGUUCCGACGCAUUUAAUCAACUACAAAACUUCGUUUCACACUGCAUUGACGUUUUCAGAAGGACCGCUUUCAUUGAAUAUUGCGAGACAGACAGUGUCGGAUAUUGUGUCAUUUCUUCAUGACCAUGUUUGAACAUAUAUACAUGUACAUGAUUUUGAACCGUUUUCGCAAGAGCAGGCUUAAUUUUAAAGUCUGACUGAAAGAAGAAAAAUUAUAAUAAACUUUAUAGUUUAUGCGAACACUGUUUGCUUAGAUGUUUAAAUAUAUUACUUGUUUAAUCAACUUAUUUUAUAACAACGUUAAAAUCACCAUUGCCACUAAAUGCAUGGUAUUUGUAGUCAAAAUUUUCAAAAUUGUAACGGUUUCAAACCUGUUAAAUAUGAUAUGUAUGCUGUUAAUAUGUUGUUUAUACUUUUGUCUUAAAACUUGUAUAUGUUAUAUCAAAUUUCACACACAAUAAACAGUUUGUAAGUUUCA